UCUUUUCAUUGAAUUCAAAAAAACCAAAAUAAAUUUUAAUCUCUUGAAGAAUUAUGAUCAACAAAAUGUCCAAUUCAAUCAAUAAACGUAUUAUUGGCUUGAUUGCCAUAUUAUCAUCAAUUGUUUUAAUGUUACAGAUACAAUCGACAAUGUCACAGAUAACAUUUUCAAAAGAUUGGAGAGCCGGUGGAAAACGUUCGAUUGUUAAUGGUGGCUAUUUUAACAAUGAUGGUAUGACAAUUUUUUCACAACAAAAUCAUUGUGAUCAAAUUACAUCCAAUUUGAUUAUUAUUCAGGAAUUGAUUCGGAAAGAGACGAAUGAAUUGUUAAAAUGUCAACAGCUUGCGAAAUUUGGCAAAAUCGAACCGGACAUAAACAACAAUGAAUCAAUAUCGCCCGAUCAUUGAUCGUGGAUACUUUCUCUU